AGAAGGCCUCUUUUUGGAUUCCCACAGGUUUUUAAGCAAUGGUCCUAAGAAGGACCAGGAGAUAAUCAAGGCGAUGUCUUCCACCAGACUCAUUCCCCUGUGGAAGGAUUUUAAAUACCUCUUAAGUGACAUCGUACAUAAAAGCCAGCAAACUUUAGAUGACCCAAAGAGUGAGGUAGUUGUGCUGAGUGACCGGUCCCAGAUACUGUUCAAAGAGUCUCGCCAUCCUCAGAAUAUGCCGCUCAUAUGCUAUUACUUCAGUGAUGCCAACUUCUUUGCCUCCCUCUCUUGGGUGACAGCAGGCACAAAGGAAAUACAGGCUGUAGUAUGGAUGAAGAGCAAAACUGAGGACAUGGUCGAGAAGAGAACAUUCUCCAUGACCGAACGAUUGCCGCCCAUCCAGUCCAUGGUCCACACAGGUUCCUUUCAUAUCCUCGUGGCCUACUGUGGUGAUCUGCUCCUGCGGCUCUUUGGGGACCACUUUCGGUCAUUCAAACCCCUGGGUAUAGUGCCCUGCCGCUUUAACAUCAACUGCCUCUGCUAUGACCCGGAAAUGAAGAUGCUUCUGUCGGGCAUCCUGGGAGCAGUGGUCACCUGGACCAUUGAGCGGAGUGGCAGGGGCCUCGUGAUGGCCCACACGGUUCCCAUGCCUGGCGAUGAGCUUGUCCAGGACAUCACAUUGAAUGGUCCCAGUGGCUCCCUCCUAGCCAUGUGUGAGACUGUGGUGAGGAUGCUUGAGCACCAGGGCCAGGGCCGGCUGGGAGAGGUGAAGAGGUUCAUGUCCACCACCAGUGGCUCCUCGAUCACCUGCUGCUUCACCUGUUUUGAUCAGGGCUUUCUCUAUGCUGGAAACAAGACUGGGGAAAUCCAAGUAUGGAGCCUCGGUUGGGGCCAGUCUCUCCACAGUUUCAAGGCCCAUUCCUCAUCAGUGAUUUGUAUCCGCAGCCGGCCAGAAGCCCACACCCUGCUAACAGCUGGCAAGGAAGGCUUAAUCAAGGAGUGGAACCUGACGUCAGGGAACCUGCUGCGGUGGCUAGAACUUGGCGAGGAACUGUAUCGACUCCAGUUUAUCGACAGCAGUACUUUCUUCUGCCAGACUACCCAUACUUUCUCCGUGUGCUCUCUGCCCUGCUUCUACAGCCUCUUCAAUGUCUGUGGCUCUGCUCCCCAGCAGCUGCGUCGCGUCCGCUGCGGUGAUAACUGGUUCCGGAUCCUGUGCACUACGGAGGAUGGCUUGUUGCGCUUUGUGUCCCCACUAACAGGGGAUCUUCUGGUUCUCACCUGGCCCUUCUCCAUCCUGGACCGGGCAAUGGAUUGGGCCUAUGACCCAGAUAAAGAGGAGCUCUUUGUAGCAACAGGCAGCUCAGAGGUGCUAGUAUUUGACACAACCCGCAGCCCUUGCCCGGCCAAGUAUCUCUUAUGCACCUCACCGGAUUCUCAGGACUUGGUUCAAUGCCUGGCUUACGGGCAUUUCCACCUGGGUCGGGGUCUAGAAGGACUAAUGUUCUCCGGACACCAGAGCGGUGCGAUAAGAGUGCUUUCCCAGCACAGCUGCGCCCGAAUAGAGAAAUUCAUGCACUUUGGGGCUGUACUGGCACUUUCCACACUGCCUGGAGGGUUUUUUGGCGGCCGAGAAAACUCUUUGCUCUGUUCCUAUGGAAUGGAUGACUAUGUGCACCUAUCAGAAACUCUGCUUGAGGGGAUCAGAGUACGUCUGCGGCCCCUCGCCAGCAUUCUCAGCAGCUGUCACCUAAACCACCUGAUCCUCUUGCCCAAGGCUGUGGGUGCCAUCACGGAGACUAACUGCCUGCGUCUCUGGAAGUUCCAUGAUUUUGUGUCCUCUGAGUCACAGAAAGGCUCGAUGUUCAUAGAGACAUUGCCUCUGCACCAGUGUGCCAUCAUGUCCUUUGACGUCUGCCUGUCCUUGAGUCUUUUUGUCACAAGUAGUAGUGACGGCUCUGUCCGCAUCUGGAACUUCCAUGGGAGGCUUGUAGCCAUGCUGGACUCAUCACUGCACUUUGGCCCAGUCUGCUUUGCAAAUGACCGGGGCGACCUGCUUGUGACUUUCAACCAGAGUCUUUAUCUGGUGUCCUGUUUAAAACUGCUUCCCCCAGCCAUGCUGGUUCGCCUUUCCUUUAUAAGCAUGACAGAUGAAGUGCUAGAAACUCCUAAGCCUUUCAUACCAAGCUUCUUCUUCUCCUUUGAGACCAUGUUUGUGCCCAAGUAUAUCUACCUUGGACAAGGGCAACAGGAAUUAGUGGGUCUGGAGAGCCUUGUCAAUAAGCGGGCCAUUGCCUUUGACCAUACCGUGCCACACGUCAUAGAAGAAGAUGAGCAAGGGAGCUCCACGUUACUGGCUGCCUCCAGACACGAUUCUUUGCAUAAGGAGGAAACUGAUUGGAUGCAAGUGAGCAAACCUCGUCAUGCCCAGUAUGUAGUUCCUCCCCAACUACAGCUGACUACCUGGGAUGGACUCAACCCCUAUCAGAUAUUGCGAUACUACUUUGGUCAGGGGCGGAAAUGGCUCCUUGCUCCUGAUUGCUACAUCCCCAACUCAGUGAUUCGUGCCCGUCUUUGGCCAGAGGGCAGCCCAAUAUACCUACAGUGCAACCUGCACUCACCCAUGCGGGAAUUGGAAUGGGACAAGUCUCAACAGUUCUUCUUCUGGCACAGUAGGGUAAGAGCUAUAAGUGAUGUAGGACAAUAUCCACAGGAAAAAGAGGAUGAAGACUUCAUAGAAACGAGACUGUCCAGGGAUGUAACCUACAAUGUCCUUAUAGACUCAGCAAACCGCAGUUGGCUGGGAAGAAAGAUGAGUGAAAUAGCUAUUAAUAGCCUGAUUGAGACAAUCCUCAACAUUAUGAUCUAUGCUUCUCCAUUGAGGUACCAAUGCUGUAUUGGUGUGCUCGGGCAAAUCUUUGCCUCUUACCAGGUGUCUCCAGCCUUGCGUUCUGAAGUGGCCCAUCGUCUGCUGGAUGAUACAACCCAUUCCAAUCCACUGAUCCGAGAGCUAGCCUGGGAAGGACUGAAGCAUCUAGGAAUGAUUACUCAUCUCUUUGCCAUGCCACUGGCCCAAGGAUUAAUGGACAAGGAUGAAAGAGUGAGGAAUAAGGCGCUGAGCCUCAUGGCUGAGACUGGAAUCAACUCUAAGACCUCACUCUUACACUUGAUCCAGAACCGAGAGACCUUCCAGGAGAUGCAGCAGGAAAUGAUUGGGGAGGAAUCCCUGGACCAUCUGCUGGGGAUGCGGGCCACAGAUCUCCAAAUCCUUCAUACUAAAGUGGAGCAGCACUUGGAGGAAAACCUGACCUUGUCACAGGGAGUUGGAAAGCCUGCUUUUUCUUUAGAUGUCUCAAGGCCUUCUGAACUUACAUCCCUUUCCAAGCAAGUUGAUACAGUUCCUGAAGAAUCUGAAGGUGCCAUCAAGCCUGGCAAAGGCCAAAGACGAGGCCGAGCAGGAAGCAAAAGGCCAAUCCGAAAAUGGUUGCGGGGCCUCAAGAAGAUAAAAGAGGCUGACACAGAGCCAGCUCCCUUAAAGGGUGAACCUGAGCAGAGUGAAGCUGCACUCAGUGAGGUGGAGGAUGCAGCCAUCUAUUCUUCCAAGUCUUCAGUCCUCAGUGUGCUAAAGAUUUCAAAAGAUGCUGAACAACAACCUCCAGAGAAAGAUGCCUCAAAGGAUCAAAUUGCAUUGACCCUAAAGAUGCUGAGGAAAAUACGUGACAAAACAGGCAAGAAAACAACAGUUCGAAAACCCAUAAAGAGGCGCAAGAAGAAGACAAAAGAAGCUAAAGUUGUAACUGAGGAACCUCCGUCUCCUGUAAAGGAAGAACCAGUUGUGAAGAAGAUGAAGGCCAAAGGGCGCGGUGCCUCUGGAGCGCCUGGCCUCAGGACUGCCUCUGGAGAUGGCUCCUCAUGGCGGGAUGAUCUGUGUCGUCUUAUGACCCUGAGGAUAUCUGGUUCUCAAACACAAAUGUCAGAAGCUCUAAACACUGAGCUAGUGACCUUGGCUCAGGAGGUGCUGGCAGAUCAGCACCCCAGCUGGGACCUCUUUCAGGAGAUCUGCCCCCUGUUGAAGAAAGAAAGUGAGGUUCUGCUGGAGGACCUUGAGUGGGAGGCAGCCUGGUCAGAGGAGAAACCAAUUUUCAUUCACGAAGGAGCAAUUAGAGAGGACAUGGUGAUCAGAGAGAUGGAAGAGAUACCAGAGGAGCAAAAGCAAGUGCAAAAGGAAGCAAGGGACAUGCAGGACUUGCAGGAAACCCAGGUGAUUUUCAAAAAAGGCAAGAGAAAGAGAGUUAUCUUUUUAGAACCAGGCGACCUAACCAAGGGAAAACAAAUAUCGAAGAAGGAAGAGAAGCAAUCCUCUAAGAAGCCCUCUAAGCAAGAGAGGAAAGCAGUCCAGCAGGAAGUCAAAGUGGAUAAAAAGGAGAGGAAAAUGUACAAAGGAGAGAGGGAUGUGACUGAGGAAGUGGGAGAAAAGGCCAUACUGGAGCGGAAAGUGGUUGAUCAAGAAAGAAGACCAGUUAAGGAUGAGAGGAAGCUGUCCUGGCAGGAGCGGAAGAGGUCCUGGGAUCAGUGGAAGCAGGCCUCCAGUGAGACAAGGACAUCCUGGGGUGAAGGGAAGGAGGCUUGGGACAGGAGGCAUCUUGAGGAAGAGGAGAAACUGCAAGAGGACAAAAAGAAGCUAUUCCCAGUUGAGGAAAAGCUGUAUGGGGACGAGAGGAAGCGGAGAUGGGAUGAGUGGGAACAGGACCAGGAAAAAACGUUGUCAGCCAGGUCCAGAGAUCAACUGCUUGAGGAUGAGGAGGAAUUGACCUUGGCGGAAGAAGGAUUGUCUCAGGAAGAAGAAGAAGAGCGGGUGACAGAAGAGCAGAGACAGAUCCAGAAAGAACGUAAACAGGCCUGGGUCGACAAGAAAAGAGCCCAAGCUAGAAGAAAACGAGCCCAAGAGGAGAGGAAGUUGGCACAACAGGAAGAGAAGCUGGCACAAGAAGAGAUAAAACUGGCCCAGGAAGAGAAGGAACUGGCCAGAGAGUACGGGAAACUGGCUCAGAGAGAUAGGAAAAUGGUCCAGGCAGAGAGGAAGUUUGUUCGGAAAGAGGAAAAUCUGGCCCAAAGAGGGGAGAAGCUAAGCCAGGAAGCAGAGAAAUUGGCCCAGAAAAAGAAGCAACUGGCCAAGAAAUUGGAGAAACUGGCUCAAGAAGAAGAGAAAAUAGCAAAGAAAGGAGGGAAGCUGGCUGAGGUAAAAAAUAUAUUGGCCCAGAAAGUGGAAAAACUGGCCCAGAAGGAGCAAGAUAUGGCAUCGCAAGAAAUGGAACUAGCCCAGGAACUGGAGGAGCUAGCAUGGGAAGAGGAGGAACUGGCCCGGAAGGAAGAGGAACUGAAUCAGGAAGAGGAAGAACUGGGUGAGAAAGAGGAGGAGGGACUGGCUCAGGAAGAGAAGACACUGGCCUGGAAAGAAGAGGAACUGGCUGAGGAAGAGAAAAAAUUGGUCCAGGAAGAAGAGCUGCUGAUCCAGGAAGAGAAGAAACUGGCCCAGGACAAGGAAAAACUGCGUGAAGAAGAGGAAAGACUUGCCCAGAAAAGGGAGAAAUUGAUGGAAAACAAGGAAAAACUGGCCCAAGAAAGAGAAAAACUGGUCCAGAACAAGGAGGCACUCACAAAGAAUAAAAUACUAGCCCGGAGGGGGAAGACUCUGGCUCAGGAGAAGGAGAAUCUGGCUCAGAGGAAAGAGAACCUACUCCAGGUCAAACAAAACCUCACCCAGGACAGAAACAAAUUAGUCCAAGUAAAAGAGAAACUGGACGUAUACAAGAAUAAACUGACACAGAUGGAAGAGAAGAUUAUGGAGGGAAAGAAGAAACUUUUCCAGAAGAAGGAAAAACAGGCUGAUGCAGAGAAAAAACUGACCCAAGAAGAGGAAAGUCUGGCUGAGAAACAGCACAAACUAGGCCAGGACAAAAUGAAAUUAGCUGUGGAGAGCAGGGCAGUAUUUCAAGAACUGCAGCUUCUCAGAGGAGAGUGGGAUGUUACUAAGGAAGAAAAGGCAUUGGACGUGGAAAUGAAGAAACUAGCUCAGGAGAAGGUGAGACUAGCUGAGAGGAAGGAAACUCUCUCCAAGGGAGAGCUUCAAGAAACCUCAAGAAAGAAAAAACCAACUAAGGAUGAACUAGAACUAAUUAAGAGGAAAUUGUCACUAGAGGAGAAGAUCCUGGUAUUUGAAGACAGGGUACUGGCCACAGAGCAAAGGGACAUUGCCAAAGGAAAACUGGAGUUUAUUAGAGGAGGGAGAGUCUAUGCCCAGGAAGAAAGGAAGCUAGCCAAGGUAAUAAGGAAGUUGGCUAAAGAAAGCAAGGGCAUUUCCAAGGAACCAUCAAAAGUGAGCAGCAAAGUCUUGAAGGUACUUCAAAACCUUACCAAAAAAGAAAGGAAACUAACCCAGGAAGAAAUACAGAUGACAAAAUUAAAGAGAUCACUUUUCUUUAUGGAAAGGAAAUUGAGCAAGGAACAGCAUACACUUGAUGCCAAAGAGUGGGGUUUUUCUGAGGAAGAAUCAGAAAUAACCGAAGAUGAGAAGAAACUGGCUAAACAGCAGAGAAAACUGGCCAAGGAGAUGAGGAGAAUGAUAAAGAAAGAGAAACAAAUGACUGAGGAAGAAAGCAGAUUGGCCAGGCAACAGAGAGAAGUCAUAGAGGAAGAAGAGGAAGAAGUGACAGAGGAAGAGGAGGUAAUGCCGUUCCUUAAACAAAGGUCAAGAAAGAGGAGAAUGGACAUGAGACAGGAAGAGUUUCCCCGUCAAGGGGAUAAGGUGGAAAGAGAAGAGAGCUUUUAUGAAGAAAUGGAAAGCCUGUUAGAUGAAGUAGAGCGAGACAGUUUGUCUGAGGAGGAGAAAGAGGAAGAGGAGGAGGAAGAGAAGGAAGAAGACAAGGAGGAAGAGCAGGAGGAGGAAGAGGAUGAAGAGGAGAAGGAGGAGAAGGAAGGGAAGGAGAAGAAGAAGGAGAAGAAGAAGGUUCAGGAGCAGGAAGUGUUUGAGGAGAAGGAAGCCAUCAUGAGGGAGGAACAGAUAGAAAGUUUGAGCGAUAAAGAAACAGAAGAAGAGGAGAGAAGCUCAUUGGAGGAAGAGGUAGACAAGGAAAAAGAGAUCUUAAAAAAAGAAAAACUAUUUAAGUUACAAGAGGGGAGAAGAAAGGACCUAAGAGAAAGAGGCACAGUCCCUUCUAUUAGAAAAAGAAUCCCUGAGGUCAGAGGCAGUCCUAUAAAACUGGGAGUUCUGAAAAGCCCUUCCAGGAAACUUAUCUCAAUAGCUCUGGGGAGGGAAGAGAAAAGACCAGUGCCAGUGCCUACGAAACAAAUAUCCUGGGAAGACAAGGCUACAGUACUUGAGACGUCCAAGAUAUUCCCAGAGCCAAGGUUUGUAGAUAAACAAGGAGAACUGUUGAAGAAACAUAAGCCCACACCUCCACAAGUUAUGGGUACAGUUUUGGAGUCCCAAGAGCCAGACUUAAAGACCCCAUAUUUAUCCCACAUAUUGAGGAAGACCAUGGAAGCUCAGAAACUCCAGGGCAAACCAGUAGGGGCCAAGUGGCAGUGGCUUUUGCAGCAUCAUCCAUCUCUGCUGGCACAGACCGAGGUGCAAUUACCUGUGCCCCACAUCCUGGCUGAGGAAAUAUACGCAGAGGUAAGCCUCUCAGAUGUUGAGUGGCUUCACCAUGUCCUAGAACGGAUGGAGGCAGGAGAACAGAUUUCCAGGGAUAGUUUCCACAGAUUGUGCCAGCUCCUCAAAGACCUCACCUCAAAGGGAAACUUAGAAUGGAUGCAUCUGGCCAUCCUUGAAGCCAUAGUGUACCGCCAUAGGCAGGUCCUAGAAUCACGAAGCACAGGUGUCUCAAAACUCAGUAAGGAGCCCAUGGGUCCAAAACACCUGAAAGUGAUCCCUCCUAUAAAAGGAAAGGAAAAGGAAAGCUCACUAAAACCUUUGGCUGUCCCCACACCAAAGUUGCCAUUAGCUACAAAAAGGAUUCCAGACCCAAAGGCUAUAAAUUGGCAUCUUCUGGGAGAGCCUUACAGGAGUGCUUGGGCAGAGCAGAUAUCCAGUGCUCUCAAGGAGAUGGAGAUACAACACUUUUAUCCUAACGCAAGAGACAUUCCUACAGGUGCCCGUGCCUCUGUGGAAAAACAAACACUAGCACUGAUGUUUCAAAAGGACUUCUGGGCUUUUAAGGAUAGGGGCAGGUUUCCCAAAUUGCCCAAGUUGAAGAAGAAGACACAGCCCAUCUCCAAGAAAAAGGAAGAGGUGCCCCAAUGGGAGACAUUUGUGGCACUGUACCAUGUUUUGCGGAUGUUACAGGAGCGAUAUGCAAAAGACAGUGCUGCUUGGAUGGAACAGUUCUGCCACCUCAUGGACCUGUACCAACUUAAGUCGCCCCGAAUCCAGAGGCUGCUACAGGAGCUGCUCCUGAGAGGGGAACCCCAGUCCCAAGAGCCCAUCUACAAAGAGGCCCUAAAGACCAUGGAGCUAGUUCCCGGGGAGCGGUUGUUCUACCGCUUGUUUUGUGGUGGCUCUCAUAUCCAUAGAGGUCCUCUGGAGUUCCAGGAGGUGGUGUCCCUCCCAGGGCAGAACAAUGUGCGUACCGUGCUUCCCAUGGGCAUUGCCCACUAUGGGAUCUUAGAACUGGCCUGGAAGAGCCUGCCCCAGGCUGACAUUCACCUCACCAAGGAAUUUCCCCUCAUCGUUGCUCCUACCCCCUAAUUUGAGACUGACUGGAGGUCAAGAUUUUUCAUUCCCACCUGGACAAAGGCCUUGUUCUCAGAAUCUAGACCUUUAUCUCUAGGGCCCACACAGAGGUAGGGCCAGGCCAAAGCCCUCUCCCUACCCUGCUCCAGAAGCCAGCUUUUAUAUGUGGAAUAAAGAGGAAGUUCUCAUUUGCAACAAGCACUGUGAUGUGUCCCUUUUCCUCAAGCUGCUUCUCCAGAAAGGUAGCCAGAGA